AUGAGAAUAUCGUUGAAUACCUUUGGAUAUGUAGUGCUUCUCCUAUUCACAGUAACUGCUGACUUAUGUUUGUGCAGAAACUCAACUUCAUUUGGGAGCAAUGAGCAAGAGAGCCAGGCUCUUCUCACCUUCAAAAAUAGCCUUCUAAGUUUCUUCGAUUUUGAUCCAUCCUCACCACCUAUACUUCCAUCAUGGGAAGGCCAUGAAUGCUGCCAGUGGGAAGGCAUAGCUUGCAACAAUGUUACUGGACAUGUUGUCAAGAUUGAACUCAACAGCGGUUGUGUGUCAUGCCUUUCAUGGGAAGACACUGCUUAUAUAGAACCAAACUAUAUUGACUCUUCACCUGAUUUGUAUGCUGAACACUUGAAUCCAUCUCUGUUGCACUUAAAACACUUGAGCCAUUUGGAUUUGAGUGCAGUUUUACUUUAUUCGAGUCCGGUAAAGCUCCUUGGUUCUAUGCAACAACUUAGAUAUCUUUCUCUCUGCACUGAGUUUGAAGACAUGAUUCCCAGCAGUAUUGGAAACCUCACCAAUUUGCGUGUUCUUCACAUCAAUAACAUCUAUGGGGCUUAUUCUGAUGAUCUUAGUUGGCUUGCUCAACUUUCAUCAUUACAAUACCUUGGAUUCUUUCGUGUUAAUCUUUCCAUGGCACACAAUUUGUUUCAGGUACUUAACAUGCUUCCUUCUUUGACUCAGAUACACCUAUUUGAUUGUGGGCUUGGAAACAUGCCAAUUCCUCUUCUUCCAAUUAAUCUCACGAAUCUAACACAUGUUCAAGUCCUUAAUAUUGCAUCCAAUGAUAUCCAAGAUCCAAUCCUAGAUGCUUUCAGAAACAUGACUUCCAUUGAAGUUCUUGACAUUUCAGAAAACAACUUGACUUCACUGCCACAUUGGUUGGAUAAAUUUAAUAAUCUUGUUGGUAUGUUCCUUGCUAACAACAGAUUUUCUGGUCGGUUUCUUCCUGAUAUUCAAAACGCGACCAUUAGAGACUCCGACCAUAGUAAUACCAAUUCAUGUUCUGAUAGGUUUUUUCCUAAUCUUCAAAACAUGACCUUCAUUAGAGUCUUUGAUCUUAGUAAUACCAAUCUCUGUUCUGUACCUUCAUGGUUAAGUAAAUGUAAGAGCCUUGUGAAGUUAGGCCUUGCACACAAUUUUCUUCACGGAUCAAUUCCGUAUGCUCUAAGAAAUUUGACAUCCCUCACAGUUCUUGACCUCUCUGAUAACAAACUCACUUCAAUUCCAAUUUGGUUAGGUGAGUUAAAGAGUCUUAUCCAUCUCUCUCUUGAAAGCAAUGAUAUCACUAGUUUAGAGGAGGGUUCUCUAGCAUCAAUUUUGGGAAAUAUGUGUCACUUAAAAGAAUUUUAUUUGCCUGGAUACAAGCUUCAAGGAGAGGUAUUUGCCAGUAAUUCAAAUAUAUCUGGCUGCAACAACUAUGAUUUGGAGGUGUUAGAUUUGAGUUAUAACAACUUCAGUGGUAUGUUACCAAGCUGGUUGGGGAAAUUUAAAAAUUUAAAUUACCUUGAUCUCAGCUCAAAUUCGUUUUCUGGCCCCAUUCUACAUAGUCUUGGAGAACUGGUGAAUCUCACAUGCUUGGACCUUUCUUCUAACUUAUUUAAUGGUGUUAUUCCUUGGAGUAUUGGGAAGCUUGAAAACCUAGGCACACUAGAUCUUUCAUCCAACUUCUUUACUGGUGUCAUUCCUUGGAGUCUUGGAAAACUUGAAAAUGCAGAAUUUAUGAACCUUGCUAGUAACCAUUUGUAUGGGAACAUUCCAGAUAGUCUUGGACAACUCAAAAAUCUGUAUACCCUUAAUCUUUCUUCUAACUCUUUGGAAGGACCAAUUAGCUAUUUAAAAGGAUGGACUGCAAUGAAGAGUCUUAGCACCUUGUCUCUCUCCAAUAACCAAAUCGAUGGAUCGAUUCCAGAAAACCUUGGUGAGAUAAUGCCUAGUUUGAGGUACUUGUCACUUGAUAAUAACCAUAUAAAUGGUUCAAUUCCAACUUCAUUGUGCAAACUCAAAGCAUUGGUGGCUAUUGAUAUUUCCAACAACAAAUUAUCUGGUAGAAUUCCAGAUUGUCAAAGAGAUGGACUUAUAGAAGAAAUUGAUUUGUCAUCAAACAACUUAUCAGGUGUCAUUCCAAACUCUAUCUGGAAUAUGUCAUCAUUGGUGUGGUUGCAUUUGAACAAGAAUAGUCUUCAUGGAGAACUUUCACUGUCCUUAAACUUCAAAAAACUGCUGAUCUUGGAUCUUGGUGAGAAUCAAUUAUCGGGUUCCAUAUCUUCGUGGAAGAAUGACACAUUUCCCACGCUUCAAAUUCUUAGAUUGCGGGGAAACAUGUUCAAUGGUACUGUCCCUUCAAACUUGUGCCAAUUUGCUAAAUUGAAAAUAUUGGACCUUGCUAACAAUGAUUUAAGAGGUCCAAUACCUCAUUGCAUUGGCAAUAUUACAGGAAUGGUUUCAGAAACCGAAAUCCUUCCAAAUGGGGCACUGUUCAAUGGCACCAAGCAAUGGAAUCAAGAGGAUGUCAAGCAAGUCAUCAAGGGAAGAGAGCUUGAUUACACUAAAAAUUUGGUUUUUUUAACCAACUUGGACUUGUCAAACAAUAGCUUGGAGGGACCAAUUCCUAAAGAACUAUCUUCACUUUCAGGAUUACUUGGACUGAAUUUGUCUUAUAAUAAUCUGUCUGGAGAGAUACCUGCAAUGAUAGGAGAUAUGAGGUCCCUGGAAUCUCUUGAUUUCUCUCAUAACCACUUGUUUGGUGCUAUUCCAAGUAGCAUGUCCAGUUUAACUUUUCUUAGCCACUUGAACUUGUCAAACAACAACUUUUCAGGUCCAAUUCCAAGAGGUAACCAGUUCCAGGUUCUUGAUGAUCCACUUGUUUACUCUGGCAAUCCAUUUCUCUGUGGAGUUCCACUUAAAACAAUCUGCCCUGGUGAUGAUUCUCAUCAAGAUCCUCAUGGUGGAGGCUCUGAAGAUGAAGUUGGAGAAAAUGACAAGUCAGAUAAAAUAUUAUUUUACUCUGUCAUAGCCGUUGGCUUUGCAACUGGCUUUUGGGGAAUUAUUGGUGUUUUGUAUCUCAAGAAGAAUUGGAGGUAUGCUUGCUUUGGAUAUGUGGAUGAGGUAGCAGAUAGAAUUUAUGUUGCAAUUGCAUUGAAAGUAGCAAAACUGAAGAACAGGUUGCAGUGA